AUGGUGUUCCUGAAGUUUCUCUGGAUGGGUUUUCUGUGCCACCUGUGUCAGGGCUAUUUCGACGGUCCUCUCUACCCAGAGAUGUCCAACGGGACCCUGCAUCACUACUUUGUGCCGGACGGGGACUACGAGGAGAACGACGACCCCGAGAAAUGCCAGCUGCUCUUCAGGGUGAGUGACCACCGGCGUUGCUCCCAGGGGGAGGGGAGCCCGGCCAGCACUCUGCUAAGCCUCACCCUGCGGGAGGAAUUCACCGUGCUGGGCCGCCAGGUGGAGGACGCGGGGCGCGUGCUGGAGGGCAUCAGUAAGAGCAUCUCCUACGACCUUGACGGGGAGGAGAGUUAUGGCAAGUACCUGCGGCGGGAGUCCCACCAGAUCGGGGAUGCCUACUCCAAUUCGGACAAGUCCCUCACUGAGCUGGAAAGCAAGUUCAAACAGGGCCAGGAGCAGGACAGCCGGCAAGAGAGCAGGCUCAACGAGGACUUCUUGGGGAUGCUGGUCCACACCAGGUCCCUGCUGAAGGAAACGCUGGACAUCUCCGUGGGGCUCAGGGACAAAUAUGAGCUGCUGGCCCUCACCAUCAGGAGCCAUGGGACCCGACUAGGUCGGCUGAAGAACGAUUAUCUUAAAGUGUAG